AUGAUCCAUGGAGUUCUUAUUGUAAACAACAGCGGGCAGCCGCGUCUAAUCAAGUUCUACACGCCAAUUGAGGUUUCGGUUCAGCAGCGCCUUCUGAAGCAAGUGUACAACAUGCUGUUGGAGAGAAGCGCAAACCAGUGCAACUUCAUGGCGCUGCCGCCGAUUCUUCUCGAGGCAUUCGACGACGGAGAAGAGAAAAUCCGGGUUAUUUAUCGCCAGUACGCCACGCUCAAUUUUGUGUUCAUGGUGGACCAGCAGGAAAGCGAGCUGGGCAUUUUGGACCUCAUUCAGAUCUUUGUCGAGAGUUUGGACCGCUGCUUCGAGUCGGUGUGCGAGCUGGAUCUUAUUUUCGGAUGGGAAGUUCUUGAAACAGUUCUGGAGGAACUCAUACAGGGUGGAAUGGUUCUGGAAACCAGUGUGGCAAAAAUAGUCGACGCGGUUGACAUGGCCAACAAGGCGGGCACAGUCGACCAAGGAGACACGAUAACGGCCGCCACGCGGGCCAUUUCGUCUGCCACAUCGCUGUUCAAGUAUUAUAUUUCCCCAGACGUUCGGAGAUGA